AUGGAUGCAGUAGGUACCAUAUUACCAUUGGCAUAUGCUGUUGUUGAUUCCGAAAAUGACGCAUCAUGGAAAAUGUUUUUUGAGCAAUUCAAACAUGCAUAUGGUGAAAAACAAAAUAUGUGUGUUGUUUCGGAUCUGAAUGAGAGUAUCUUGAAGGCAACAUCUAUUGUUUAUCCAGGCAUGCCACAUUAUUCUUGCAUGUGGCAUAUUUGGACAAAUAUAAGGGCAAAGUUCAACAAGGGUCAUCUAAAGUUAAGCGAAUUGUACUUUGCCACGGCACGAUCAUACACGCUUGAUGAAUUUAAUGAAAGGAUGUCAAAGAUUGAAGAGAUUGACCCGCGUGUUAAAGCAUACUUAUACGAUAUUGGCUAUCAUAGAUGGUCUCGAGUACAUGCUACGGUGAACAGAACUUGGACUAUGACAUCAAACAUUGUAGAGUCGUUGAAUGUUGUAACAAAAGAUGCAAGAGAGCUGCCGAUAGUAGAACUAUUAGAGUAUAUGAGGACUCUUCUUGAACGUUGGACUAAAGAAAAGUUAUUGAAAGCAAAGGGUACAUUCACAUACCUUGGGUUUAAAUACAACGAAGAGUUGGAUGACAACAGAACAUUGUCGCACAAGCAUAGAGGGAGGGCUUCAACAGAUUACAUCCAUACAGUACUAGAUGGUUUCAGGCGCUAUAUUGUUUGUCUUGAAAACAAGAGAUGUAGUUGUGGGCAAUUACAGCUUGAUGAACUUCCUUGUCCACAUGCUUUGGUUGCUUUAAGGCACAGGGAUGAGUCUUAUGAACAAUAUUGCUCUCCUUAUUACACAAGGGAGAGCCUCUUGCGUACUUAUGAAAUACCAGUAAAUCCUUUACCUGAUGAAAGCAAAUGGAAUGUGCCACAACAUAUAACUGAAGAAGUUGUAAAUCCACCUUCAGGUGGGAAAAGACAGCCAGGAAGACCUCAAAAACAAAGAUACAAAACAUAUGAUGAAGUAAAUUCAAAGAAGUACAAGGUUUCAUGUGGCAACUGCGGAGUAGAAGGGCAUAAAAAAAGAUCUUGCAAGAAUGCUCCCAAAAAGAAAUAA